GGACAUUUCUUCAUUUCCUUUUCAUCAGUUCUUGAGCUAUAUGCUCGAGGGUGAAGAAGAGGUUUCUAGCAUCUGUAAAUUUUGGAAUUGAAUAGAAGCGGCUUAAAAAUGGAAGUAUUUGAUGUAGCCUAAAAAUUAUGUUAGUCGCUUCGCUAUGUUUAGAACGAAACGGCUGAAGUGGCGGACGAUGAAUAACGUUACCAUAAACGGCAUUGACUCAGUCAUAGCACAGCCACUAUAGCCACCGUUCCUAUCUAGCAAUGACGUCCCGCUCUUAUCGCCACAGUUGAGUCGAUAUAAAUAUACUUACAUCCGUACUUUGUACAUUGCUACCUCAUCCAUCUAUCCCCAGAACAUUAUCACUCCUACGAACACGCACAGAUACAAAACCUCCACAUAACAACACUCAUUGAAUCAAAACAGCCCAAAAUGCCAAUCCCCACUUACGACCAGACCAAAUCCUCCAACGAAACCCGCCCCUCUGGCUCCGCAGGCCACGCCUCCAUCGAAGCCCUCUCGGGCAUGGAAAACAAUAGCAGCGGCCGUCUCGUGGGCACUGGCUCCGGUGGCGUGGUAACGGCGCCCGGAUACAUUGCGGCUGAGAAUUCGGAUCUUUUGGAGAAUGCGGGGAGCGAUCGGGCGUUGAGUAAGGAGGAGGCGGAUCGGUUGUAUGAGGAAAGGAUGGAGGAGGAGUAUGCAAAGAGGGAGGGGGGUGCUUGAUUAAAUACCUGACGCAAUGUGAUGGGUUUUGAUUGUAUAUUUUCCAUAUGAAAACUUGUACAUUAAUUACGAACGGAUACUCUGUACUGUACUGGAUAAACAGGUAUUGCAUGAUAAUUAUGUUUACACUUCUUUAAUAUACAACGGUGU